ACUAAGAUUAUGCUAUUACAGCAUACAAAUGUACUCUUAAGGUUGGUCUGUGUUAAACUGAAAAAGACUGAUGAUUUGAGAGAGACUCGAAACGAACUGCUCCCGAGGAAACAAAACUCACAGGUCUGGAUAUGCAGUCAUUUCAUUUCUUUAUAGGAUUCAAAUAAGCCAAUUACUUAACUAAAUCCUUGCCCAUCUUGUCUACUUUGUUUCUUGAUUGAAGGUAGGAUAGGUUCGUUUCAAAUAUUAAUACCACUAAGAAUUGAGCUCCGUUGAUAUGGGAGUGUCUGCGCUAACUGGGUUGUCCGUGGUUAGUUUACUCAGUCUGGGCUACCUCUCCUGGGACUGGACAAAGCCGAACCAAGUGGAGAGCGAUGCCGUGUCAGAACCGGGAGGUCCAUCUCAUCGACCCCCACACAUAGUCUUCAUCAUGACGGAUGACCAGGGCUUCAACGAUAUCGGGUAUCACAGCAAGGACAUCCGAACACCGGUGCUGGACAAGCUCGCGGCGCAGGGUGUGAAGCUUGAGAACUACUACAUCCAGCCCACCUGUACACCCUCGCGCAGCCAGUUCAUGACAGGCAGGUAUCAGAUCCACACAGGGCUCCAGCAUGGGAUUAUCCGCCCACAGCAGCCCAACUGCCUGCCUCUGGAUCAGGCGACGCUGCCCGAGCAGCUGCAGCAGCUGGGUUACUCCACGCACAUGGUGGGGAAGUGGCACCUUGGCUUCUACAAGCGGGCCUGCCUACCCACGCGCCGUGGCUUCCACUCGUACUUCGGCUCGCUCACGGGGAGCGUGGACUACUACAGCUACUGGGCGUGCGAUGGCCCAGGGGUGUGUGGCUUUGACCUCCACGAAGGGGAGCGUGUGGCGUGGGGGAGGAGCGGAACGUACUCCACCCAGCUAUACGCGCGGCGCGUGCGGAAGAUUCUGGCAGCCCACGACCCCGACGCGGCUCCACUCUUCAUCUUCCUUUCGUUCCAGGCCGUGCACACACCGCUGCAGUCGCCUCGCUCCUACAUCUACCCCUACCAUCGCCUGGGCAACGUGGAGCGCCGCAAGUACGCUGCCAUGGUUACGGCAGUGGAUGAGGGAGUGCGGAACGUCACCGCUGCUCUGCGCAAAUACGGCUACUACGACAACACCGUGAUGAUCUUCUCCACGGACAACGGGGGCCAGCCGCUGUUUGGUGGGAGCAACUGGCCCCUGCGGGGGCGUAAGGGGACCUAUUGGGAAGGGGGUGUGAGAGGGCUGGGGUUCGUGCACAGCCCCCUCCUGAAACGCCCUCGUCGUGUCAGCCACGACCUCUUACACAUCACGGACUGGUACCCCACUCUCCUCAGCAUCGCCGGGGGCAACCUGAGUGCCCUCUCCCCAGGACUGGAUGGUUAUGAUGCAUGGGGUUCCAUCAGCGAGGGCAGGGCGUCACCGCGGCACGAGAUCCUCCACAACAUCGACCCACUCCACAGCCCCGCCCCGCAUGGCUCCCUGGAGGAGGGCAGGGGAUUGUGGGAUACGUCCGUGCAGGCAGCCAUUCGCGCGGGCGACUGGAAGUUGCUGACGGGAGACCCAGGCUACGGCGACUGGACCCCCCCACAGAUGCUGUCCAGCUUCCCCGGCGGCUGGUGGAGCCUUGAGCGCCACACGGUGCCCCGGCGCUCGCUCUGGCUCUUCAACGUGACUGCCGACCCGUACGAAAGGCGAGAUCUGUCCGAACAGCAGCCAGACGUAGUCAAGCAGCUCCUGGCACGCCUGGCCUUCUACAACGGGACCGCUGUGCCAGUGAGGUACCCGCCAGAGGACCCACGUGCCCAGCCGCAGAACAACGGGGGCGCCUGGGGACCCUGGGCCUCUGACGACGAGAAGGAGCAGGACUGGGGCGAGGUGUCCCCGCUCAAGGGCAGGGAGAGGAAGGGGAAGUGUAAACAGUGCAGUGUGAAGGCCUUUUUCAAAAAGCUCAACACCGGCAUCAUGUCCAACAGGAUCUAGACA